CAAUCUUAGCAGACCCACCACCCUGAUCCCAUUCAUUUCUUCUCUACCUCUGAAAACACAAUGGAGUUAAUGAAAGCAGGAGACGUAGAAGAAGAAGAAGAAGAAGAAGAAGAAGAAGAAGUAGUGCAGCAGCAGCAGCAGCAGCAGCAGCAGCAUUUCCACGUGCUGGCAGUGGACGACAGCCUACUAGAAAGAAAGGUUCUGGAAAAGCUGCUAACAAUUUCUUCUUCAUGCGAAGUGACCUGCGUGGACUCUGGAGAUAAGGCUCUAAGGUAUCUGGGCUUGCUUGAUGACCUUGACAACUUUUCUUCUCCAUUUUCUCCCCCACGUCUCUCCCAACAACAGAUCCCAUAUCAGUUGAAGACGGAAACGAAAUAUUCAUUAUAUAGAUGUGGAAACCUCUCUCUGAUAGAUGCAUUUUUAAAACUGUGAGGCUGACAUUGAUAUGUAACGAGUUAAGACGGGCAAUAUUUGCCAGUGGUUGGUUUGGAUUGUUACAAAUGGUAUCAGAGUUAGUCACCGGACGAUACGAGAUACUGGUUGGAGUAAGCAUAGACCCUCUCUCUAGCAAACGCGUUUUAAAAUCGUAGAGCUGACGACGAUACGUAACGGGUCAAAGCGGACAAUAUCUACUGGUGAUGGGCUUGGACACUUACGAGACUUUAUAGUUUUGGUAUUUCUCGACAUCUCCUCUAAUAUAACUGUGGUAUUUACUUGUCUUGAACUGUUUCUGUGAUUGAAAAUUAUACUCAUAAGCCAACACGAGAUGCUUUUUAGAAAUUUA